AGAGAGGUACGGGCCCAAUCCCUGCGGUAAAGAGAUCUUUUACUUUUAAAUUCGACGAGAUUAAGGUCGGUAGCUUUCCGUCGGAUGGCCAUAUAAAUUACUCGUCCCCCGGGAUCUCAGCGCUCCAUCGGACUCCGAUUCCUCGUCCCCCCGCCCUCCAAGCCCUCUCCUUCUCCUCUCGUUCGGCGGUCUUCCUCUGCUCCGCGGUGCGGCUACUCCCUCGGCGGAGGGAUGGAGACGGGCGUGGCGGCGGGGUCGUUCCCCAAGCGGAGCCUGGUGACGUCCGACCACCUCCGGCACGUGGAGUCCAUGGCCCGGCUGCCGUCCGGCGCUGGCAAGAUCUCGCACCUCAACGCGAUCGUCCUUGGGGAGUCGCUCGCCUCCGAGGAGAACGACCUCGUCUUCCCCAGCCCCGAGUUCUCCGCCAAGGCCCUCGUCUCCUCCCCCGAACAGCAUCGACAAAUGUAUGAGAGGUCAAUAGAGGAUCCUGCGGGUUUCUGGUCGGAGCUCGCUUCCCAGUUCUACUGGAAAGAGAAAUGGGAUCCGGAAGUCUGCUCGGAGAAUAUUGAUGUGAGGAAGGGGACCGUUAAGAUCGAGUGGUUCAAAGGAGCAACAACAAACAUGUGUUACAAUGCUCUGGAUCGAAAUGUAGAAGCAGGGAAUGGUGGGAAAGUUGCCAUCUACUGGGAAGGCAAUGAGCCGGGUCAGGAUGGGCAGCUGACGUAUGCUGAGCUGUUGGAGAAGGUUUGCCAGCUCUCCAACUACUUGAAGCACGUUGGUGUUGGCAAGGGGGAUGCAGUGGUCAUCUACUUGCCUAUGUUGAUGGAGUUGCCCAUUGCAAUGUUGGCAUGUGCUCGCAUUGGUGCUGUGCACUCGGUUGUGUUCGCCGGUUUCUCUGCAGAAUCUCUUGCCCAAAGAAUUCUAGAUUGUAAACCGAAAGCAGUGAUAACCUGCAAUGCAGUCCGGAGAGGUCCCAAAGCUAUCCAUCUCAAAGAGAUAGUGGACAGUGCUCUAACUGAGUGUGCCAAGGAUGGAGUCUCUGUAGGCUUGUGUUUGACUUACGAAAAUGAGUCAGCUAUGAAGAGGGAAGUCACAAAGUGGCAGGAAGGAAGAGAUGUGUGGUGGCAGGAUAUUGUCCCAAAGUUUUCAUCAAAAUGUGCGGUGGAAUGGGUUGAUGCAGAAGAUCCACUAUUUCUCUUGUACACAAGUGGCAGCACUGGAAAGCCUAAGGGUGUUUUGCACACAACUGGGGGUUAUAUGGUAUAUACUGCAACGACAUUUAAGUAUGCAUUCGACUAUAAGCCAUCAGAUAUAUACUGGUGUACUGCUGACUGCGGCUGGAUCACUGGACACAGCUAUGUUACUUAUGGCCCUCUUUUAAAUGGAGCUACUGUUGUGGUUUUUGAAGGGGCUCCAAGCUACCCAGACUCUGGACGAUGUUGGGACAUUGUUGAUAAGUACAAGGUUUCAAUAUUCUAUACGGCCCCAACACUGGUGCGCUCCCUCAUGCGUGAUGGGGAUGAGUAUGUUACUCGCUAUUCCCGUAAAUCUCUGCGUGUUCUAGGAAGUGUAGGAGAGCCCAUCAAUCCUACUGCAUGGAGGUGGUUCUGCAAUGUUGUUGGGGACUCUCGAUGCCCUAUAUCAGAUACCUGGUGGCAAACUGAGACUGGUGGCUUCAUGAUAACGCCUUUACCUGGUGCUUGGCCACAGAAGCCUGGUUCUGCCACUUUUCCAUUCUUUGGGGUUCAGCCUGUUAUAGUUGAUGAGAAAGGGAAUGAGAUAGAAGGUGAAUGCAGCGGGUACCUUUGCAUCAAAAAAUCAUGGCCUGGGGCAUUCCGCACGCUUUAUGGUGAUCAUGAAAGAUAUGAGACAACAUACUUUAAACCAUUCCCUGGUUAUUAUUUCACUGGUGAUGGCUGCAGCAGGGACAAAGAUGGUUACCAUUGGCUCACUGGAAGAGUUGAUGAUGUUAUCAACAUCAGUGGACACCGUAUUGGCACUGCAGAGAUAGAAUCUGCGCUGGUCUCACAUCCCCAAUGUGCAGAGGCUGCUGUGGUUGGAGUCGAGCAUGAGGUCAAAGGGCAGGGCAUUUAUGCAUUUGUCACAUUGGUGGAAGGUGUUCCUUACAGCGAAGAACUCCGAAAGAGCCUAGUAUUAACAGUUCGAAACCAGAUUGGUGCAUUUGCUGCUCCUGACAAAAUCCAUUGGGCACCUGGACUUCCGAAAACAAGGAGUGGAAAGAUCAUGAGAAGGAUUCUAAGAAAAAUUGCUUCGAGGCAGCUGGACGAGCUUGGAGAUACGAGUACCCUUGCUGACCCUAGCGUGGUGGACCAGCUGAUUGCACUUAGUGAUUGCUAGCUGAUAGUAAAGUUUAUGUCUUGUGGAAAUGGAAAAAGUCUUGCACAUUUUUCCUGCUUCACAAGUUAUUCAGCAUUUUACCAGUAUAAGUAGCAUGCCAGGGCUUUGUUUGCCUUUGGUUAAGCUCAUUGCUUUAGAUUUAGAUCAGUGUCAAUGUGCUGCUGAAAUUUUGGUUUGUUGUAGACUUGCCUGAGCAUCGUUGGUGCAGUUCGUGACCAAACGUUCAAAAAAAAAAAUAAUGAGAAAGGUUUUGGUAUCUCAGGGGCAUGCCAUCCCCUGCAUUUGAAUUUUA